CCCUCCCUCCCCUAAACCUCCCCUGCAUUUCAUCGAACAUCUCAUCUCCCUCUCUCUGAUCAUCGGAAAUGGAUUCCUUCUGCAAAUCAGUUCGCGAUUCUUCUUCUCCCUUCGACGCCAUCAUUUUCGAUAUGGAUGAUACUCUGUACUCGUCGAAAGUUGGAAUUGGACAAGCAUUGAAGAAGAAUAUUGAUGAUUUUCUCGUGGAGAAAUGCGGAUUUCCAGAGACGGAAGCUUCCGCUUUGCGCGUUGAGCUCUUCAAAAAAUACGGAAGCUCUCUUGCCGGUUUACGGGCAUUAGGGUAUGAUGUUGAUGCUGAUGAAUAUCACAGCUUUGUCCAUGGAAGAUUACCCUACAAUCUCAUCAAACCAGACCCUGAGCUUAGAAGCCUUUUGCGCAGCAUCAACCAACGCAAAAUUAUAUUUACGAAUUCGGACAGAGUCCAUGCAAUGAAAGUGUUGGAUAGAAUCGGAAUCAAGGAUUGUUUCGAGCAGAUUAUUUGCUUCGAGACCAUGAAUCCCAACCUGUCUCGAUCGUCCCGACCGGACGAGUUCCCCGUCGUGUUGAAGCCGGCCAUGGAGGCCAUGAACAUCGCCGUUGACUUCGCGGAUGUUGAUCCUCGCCGCACGCUCUUCCUGGAUGACAACACGCGAAACAUCGCAGCCGGAAACGCCGUGGGACUCCGAACAGCUUUGGUGGGGACGGCAACAAAGACGAAAGAGAGUGAUUAUGCGAUGGAGAAAGUGACGGAAAUGGUGCAGGUGAUACCAGAAAUCUGGUUUGAAGAAGAAGUGAGAUGCAGCAGAAGCGAAAUGGAUUCAUAUCUUGCAACCACAUCAGUGGGCGCUUAAAGCAUUCAUUCCCUGCAGGUUUAGGGUUCGUAAAUAUGUAUGUGUGUAUAAUGUAUGUACACUUCAAUUCCCUCCCUGAAUGUAUCAUGUUCAUGUAUGUAUUGAGUUGCCCAGAAUGUACUAGAACAAAAUGGGCUGGCGUGUUCCACUAUAUCAAUGUAAUGUCAAGUGUUAACAUGUAUUUAUGCAAUAAUAAAAUAAGCUUCUGAUGACA